ACAAGAAUAUCAUGUCUUUUCCCCAUAAAAAGCUUCAUCCAUCUUUCUACUUUCCAUGCUAAGAGAACUUCAAAAUGAUGGGAUUUGCAAGCAAACAAGAAGACCAAAAGCCUUCACUCACUACCUCCAUUGUCAUCAAGCAUGGUUUCCACAAAGUUAGCCUCACUCUGCUCUCCCUUCUCCUUCCUCUCUCCUUCCUCUUGCUUGCGAGGAUCUCGUCGCCUUCUCUAUCAUCACCAUCUAUAACUCUUUGUGUAAGCUAUUUUCUUCUACUAUCACUGGUUGGCUUCGUUUCUUUAUCGACUCUGUAUCAUGCGCUCACUGGGCGCAUACCUCAUCUGCCUCUGUGUGUCUCAUGGACCAUUUUGUUCAUCUUUCAAGCAUCAGUGAGUUUUGGUAUUGAAUCCAGCUUCGCAGCAGGAGUCCGUCCAAUUACCGCUGUUAGCACUUGUCGUGUUCCAUGGAUUGCAUACUCCAUUUUCUUCAUCGGUCUUUAUGAGACGAUGAUGACAUGGGUGAAGGCAUUGGUGAAACCGGUGGCCGAUGAUACAAUAUUCAUGUCUUCGGUCAAUGAUGUCGUCCUUGACAAAGUAUUCGUUGGACUAGCAUAUAGUGUGCUGUGGCUGAAGUUGCUGAAGAAUGAGAUGGAGCCACUGGUUAUGGCUGUCAGAAAGGAAGAGCUGGUCAUGCAUGGUGGAUGGAACGGCUUGCUUCUUUGGUUGAUUGGAUACGCGACCACCAUUGCCGGACUCAUGAAGAUCAUCUAUGGAGCUGUCUGGAUCAUGGAAAAGAUAUUGUUCUUCCAAUGCAGAAAUGCUGAAGACGACUCAUUUUUAUCAUCCAAUCCUGUCUAAACCUUACAAAAUUCAAAUGACGUUUAUUGUUGUUAUUAUUAUUAUUAUUAUCAA